UGUGGGUAGACUGGCAUGACCAUAAAUCUCCGAUAACUUAUUCGCAUUGGUAUUACUACCGUGUCUCAUGCAUAAUGAUAUAUCGAAUUGGGCCUACUCAUCAUCGAAGUGUCAAAACACAAAUUUUUAGUCCUUCGCCAGCCAUUCGGAAGGAACGCGAGACUCAGAGGAUGAUUUGGAUUAACUGAAAGAAAGACCAGUGGAUAUGUCCUAUUUCCAUCACGAAGGGGAAUUGUCAAAAUGGAUAUCUGUUAUGCUCAAACUAAAUGUUAGAAAUUCGUAGUAUAAAACACUUCGAAACGCUGAACCUCGGAACGAAAUAUCAAUGAACCAAUCGUGGGAUAUUUUGUCAGGAUAUAUUGCAUCGGAUUCAUCAGAAUAGCCUAGGAACAAGCUAGGUCUAUCAUAUGGAAUCGUCAUUACCAAAAACCAUUUGUGAGAAUCACUUGCGAGGAUAGUGGAACGAAUGUGUUCCUAAAUCGUCACCAAGGACUUUGAAUCGUUCAACAUCUAAGCAAAAAUGGCGCUGGAUAUUCGCAGCCGGUACAAAUCUAGUGGGGUACUGUUCAAGACGCUUCUUGAGCCCGUCCUUGAGGAUAAGCCACGACAUGUAGGAACUGCCGCGAGACAUGUCCCAACUGACAUAAAUGCGGCUAAGGGGACACAGCGCAACAAAUUGUCGGCUCAGAAAAGUCGCGGACGCAGGUUCAACACUCGAUCAGAAAACAAGCAGUUGCUGUUGGCUCUCAAGAAUAGAUCACUUCGCCCGGCACAAGAGAGCAAAGUCAGAGCGCCGUUACUACCUUACUUGAGGCAGGAGGUUGAGACGCCACAGACUAGGAAGUUUAAGAUUUUAGUCCGGCGCGGCCGAAGAGGGUCUGAAACUAUCAAGGAAUGGAACGUGAAGGGAGAUUUUGACAUUUCAGAACUAAAAAAGGAAGAAAUCAUCGAAGAAGUGCCGUCGCUGGGUAUGUGGAGAAAGUACGCCCGACUCGUCAAGCUCAUGUGCGGCGUCUGCUUGGCACUGAAGACAUACUCACAAGUCACCUUCGACCUCGAGAAGCUGACCGCCGGUGUCUCCACCAAGCGGACACUGACCACAGGUGACAAUGGCGACGAAAAGGCGGAAGACAUUUUCUUCAAUCCGGAUGACUUCAAGACCAAGUGUGAGGAGACAUGGCCGACUGAGUUAAUCCACGUUGUUGAAGCGAACCCGAAGAACCGCACCGAAGAGGAGGUGCGGUCCAUCAAGCGCGUAAUGAGCAGCUUGCCCAGUUUCCGGCGCUAUACGAAGGAGAUGCAAAACCUACUCAGCAAGGUGGUCAGAUACUGCAAGUACGGCCCAAAGAGAGUGAUCAUUCGGAAAGGUCACAUAGGUCAUAGCUUCUACUUCAUCUUCUCGGGAGCGGUGCAGGUUGUGUUUGACAAGGAGGACAUCAGUAUCUUCACAAAGCCGGAAAUAUCGGUGCUCAAAAAAGGUCAGGUCUUCGGGGAAAUAGCGCUGCUCCGCCACUCGGUCAGGAACGCCACUAUUGUCUGCGCAGAGGAGACUGAGCUUUUGGCGGUCGACAGGGAGGAGUUCAACGAAUACGGCCUGUACGAUCUCUUCUUAAAGGAAUGCCAGGACCGGAUUGAAUUCAUGGGACUACACCACCUAUGUUCGACAUGGCAACAGCGGGAUAUCGAGGAUCUCUGUUACGUUAGCAGAAUCGAAGAGUACAGUUACAACAAGGUCAUCGUGAAGGACGCCAGGAAGUCAGAGUGGUUAUAUUUUGUUUGCAAAGGCACCUGUGAAAUAUUGCGGCUAGUUGACCUCACCAAAUGUGAAGAGUUCCAGCAUUUCAUCCCGCCGGAGAAAUACCCCUCGAGAGAGAACAACAUGCCGCCCAUAUUUCUCGAUAUGGACUCCGCGCUGCAGUACCUCAAGAAGAACUGGGUCCCUCCGCGGACUACAGAUCAGGAGAAAGCGAAUUACGAGAUGGCUCUGCAGUCUGGGUCGUCCAUCGGCCACAUUCGGCCUAGGUCACGGUUGACCGUGACCCCGAGUGAGGAAUCUCAGGCAGAGACAGAGCAAUGUUCCACCCGACCAGCAAGUCAGAAUGACAAAAAUGGUACCAAACCAAAGUCGCCGCAAAGCAAGCAAAAUAUUGCAACUGCAGCAGUCAGCAAGAAACGUCAAAGUAAAACUGGCGGCACGGAACCGGAAUCCGAAUACGAAUAUGUCGGAAUCGGAGUAUUCAUAAAGGUGGACAGCCUGAGGCCUGGAGAUGUCUUUGGUCUGAACAACUACUACGAGACACCCCAGUUCCUAUCCCUGAUAAGCAAAGGGUCAGAGGUCAUUCGAGUGCCACAGUCUAAGUUCAAAGAUUUCGGGGGCGAGGUGACACUGCGCAAAGGACGUGCAAUGAUUCGGUCCUAUCCUUCCGAUGGUGAACUCUGUCGGAGUUUUCUCAAGCAGAACACGUGGAAUAUGUUCAAACAAGACUUGGUCGAGCUCGUACGGUCUGAUUUUCCGAAUUCCAUUACACCGGCUAGCCAACUGCACGGCUGCAAGGACUACUUUCGCCGCGUGAGCACCAGCUCCGCUUGUCAAAGGUACCCACAAGCAAAGAUCACGUACACGCCAGAACAGCUGUGUGGUCAGGUUACGAAUUGUAACGGCAAGGUUGUCACGAGAGCUGUAAAGUCGGCAGCGCCUCGGCUUAUUUCAGGGGCACCCCUCAUAAAACCGACGCAUGUUACUCUGGCAACUGCACCGCGCACUCGGCCGAAAACAGCGAUGCCUUGUGGAAUAUCAGGCCGGGGCUUAUUCCCCGUCUCCAGGAUCUCCAACUUCUCCUCUUAAAUCUGGACAGAAGAUAAAGUGAUAUCGCCGAUGUUGCCCGCUGACAUCGGACGCUGACGCAAAUGUCUCCGGGUAACAUCAAUAUUUAUGGACCAGUCACAUGACGUCGUUUGUCCAAUGAGGUGCUGGGAUUCCAGAUGGUGAUGUAAUAAUUUAUCUUACGUGACAAAUAAUGCAAAUUAUUGAAAUAAGUUUUUGAUCCUUUUGCAGGGACCAUUUUUGUGUGCCCUCCCUCAAAGGAUCAGAAAUUUUGUCAUUUCAACUGAUUUGCGAUUUCACGUUUUGCCCGGGUAAUAGUUUCAGAUGCCCCGGCAAAACGAGUCCGAGAACAAAGGUCAUUUCUAUUGGGCGCCUUAAUCUUAAAGAUAUUUAAUGUCAUCGGUCUCUCUGGGACCAUGUCUUAAUCCGUCACCAUGUAGUAGGGGCAUCAUUGUUUCCUUUGGGAGAUUUUAGAUUGCUGCACCGGCCGCCAUAAUCAAACUCUGUUUUACAUUACUCUAAGUGUUAACAUUAUUUUUAUUGUAAACCGUGCCAUAUUGAACUUCUUUACUAAAGAAAUAAAAACAUAUUUUCAACAGAAUGUGUAUUGUUUUAUGGCGUACAGGUAAUAAACUCGUCUAAUUAUC